AUGGCUCAUUGGAGUGUGGAUGAUCUAUUGAAAGAGAUCAAGGACUUGGAGUCAUUGCAUGCUUUGAGACCACAAAGCAUGGUAGUGAGCAAUUUGCUCAAAGGGUUGGAAACCAAAGUGCAAGCAAUGGACUGCCUGAUUCCUUCCAUGUUGGUCAAACUCACAGAAGCUUUGGAUGCCUCUUCUCUAACAGAUGAGAUGAAACAAUCUCUACAUGACUUGGUCGAAGCUAGGGCUAUGGAAGCCAAUUCUGGUGCAUUGAGGCUGCAAAACCAACCUCAGGUUUUGUUGUCACUGUACAACUACAUGAGCGCUCAAGAAUGGGAACUGCUCCAGCAAGCUCCUUUCACACAAGCAGUCCAAAUCUGUGUGAACAGGAUGAGAGCUUGUGGGUUGAAGUCAAUGAAGGAGUCAACAAAAAAGCAUGUGUUGGCUAUGUUGAUCCACCUCAUGCUGCUGAGGGGAGAACCCCAACCACCUGGCACUGAGAUCUACAAGAUGUCAACCUACUUGCUGGAUAGCUUGAAGGCCAGUAAGCAGCAAGCUUUGGUAGCUGGCUUAGCAGUCUACCCUGACAAGCCUGCUGAUAUCGGCAGUGCUUUCAUGGAAAAGGUAUACAACCAUGAUGACUACCCAAAGCCUGUGGAUCCAACUGUGGCUACUGGUGUCAAGAGUUUGCUCAGCAAGACACCUGUCAGAGACACUCAUGAGGCUGUCAAUGACAGCAAGAAGCCUAAGGGAAAAGCAGCUGGGCAAACUU